CUUUGGGAAGGGAGUGUAGUUUGCUUUGUUGGGUGAUUUCGACGUAUUGUUUGUGGCUCUGUUUCGUAUUUCAUCAUAGCCAUUUCUUCCUGCUGCAGAUUUUCCUGGGCAGUUGGCAAGCGAGGACGGCGAUUAUGUUGAUCAGCUUGGCGUCCCAAUGGUGAUUUCACACACUCGAGCAGCAAUGGACAGGAUGGAAGUGACUGAGACACAUGCCAGAGUCAUCAUUCACAUCGACAUUGACUGCUUCUAUGCACAAGUGGAGGAGCUUCGACAGCCAGAACUCAAGGGGAAGCCACUGGGCAUCCAGCAGAAGAACAUCGUCGUGACGUGCAAUUAUCCGGCCAGGGAGUUUGGCGUGGACAAGUUGAUGCUGGUGACGGAUGCCCUGAAACGCUGUCCGGACUUGGUUCUGGUGCGCGGGGAAGAUCUUACGCCGUACAGACAGAUGAGCACGAGGAUCUUUGAGGUUCUGCAGAGAUUUACACCGUGCGUGGAGAAGUUGGGCAUGGAUGAGAAUUACAUGGAUGUGACGCGUCAGAUUGAGUACAGAUUGGGCAGUAUGACGAUGGCUGAUGAUCCGGAAGUUGUGGGCUGUGUUUGUCCCGAGGGUGAAUUGCUGCCCUCGUGUCCAUGUGGCUGUGAUAGGCGCCUUGCGGCGGGCAGUGCGAUGGCCAAGGAGAUCCGUGAUGCCCUCUACACGGAAUUGGGCAUCACCAGCUGCGCAGGAAUUGCUCAUAACAAACUCCUGGCCAAAUUGGUGGGCAGUGUCAAUAAGCCAAACAAUCAGACAGUAUUGGUGCCCCACUGUGCCCCCACAUUCCUCGGGGAUCUGCAAACGGUUCGAAAAGUGACAGGAGUUGGGCAGAAAACCGAAUCUUUGCUGGCAGAAAUUGGCAUCCGGACAGUGAGAGAUCUCCAGGAUGCCGAAAUGGAACGAUUGCAGAGAAAAUUUGGCCAGGAGACAGCCAGUAAAUUGAAAGAUUUGAGCCUGGGCCGAGACAAUAUGCCCGUAAGGCCGUCCGGAAAGCCCAAAUCGAUCGGCCUGGAGGAUUCCUGUCGGUCCAUUUCGGUGAAGCAAGAUGUCGAGGAGAAGUUCAGUGUCUUGCUGGUCAGGCUAGUGAAUCAGGUGAUGGACGACGGACGUAUUCCCAUCGCCAUCAAGAUGACCCUGAGGAAAUUUGAUCCGGCCAAGAAGACCAGUCACAGGGAAACCAAGCAAGCCAACAUCCUUCCAUCCCUCUUCAAGCUCCGCCCCGAUGGGAAGCUCCAUCUCAUCGAGGGUGGCCACGAUAAACUCCUGAGGAUCAUCAUGAGACUCUUUGAGCGACUAAUCGAUCUCCGGCAACCAUUCAAUAUCACCCUCCUGGGCCUGGCCUUCUCAAAGUUCCAGGAACGCAAAUUCGGCUCAUGUUCCAUUGCCAAUUUUCUCAUCAAAAAGUCCGACCUGGAGGUGCAAUCUGUGACGAGUUUGACCAGCGACGGGGUCACAAUUUCGCCACCGAGUCGAGACACAUUCCCGCGCUAUGUCAAUGCAUCGCCCGUGGCGAUGGAAAAUGACGCCUUCUCGGACACUUCUGUGGCUUCGGAUGUGUCGUCGGAGCCGGAAUUGGAGCCAUCGCCCAAGAAGACACGCAUUGGCUUGUUGAUUCCCAAGAGGCCUUGCCAUCCCCGGCACGAAUCAAUGGACACGUCGUCGCCCAGCAAACUGAGAGUGGCCGAUCUGAGGCUGAAUUCCCUCGACUCUCCACCGAGCUCUCUUGCGGACACCAAUCUUCCGGCCAGUCCCAGUACCCCGGAUGUUGAGCAGCAGCCACUUCCCAAUUGCGUCGAUCCACAGGUUUUCAAGGCACUUCCACCGGACGUUCAGGGUGAAUUAAUUGCAACAUGGACUAAUCCCGCCGCAGCUCCAGCGACAUCCUCCUCCACCAAAAGCACCUGCAGCACCGGAAAUACCCUCCAUAGAUACUUUAUCACCAACAAAUAGGAGUCUCACACGUACGACACUUUUUGUACCACUUUUCUUUUUAAUGUAUUUCAAUCGAGCUCUCCACAUCCUUCAUCUAUUUCUUUCUUACAUUCCUGGGGAACCCUGGAGACUUUCCAUUCCAAGAGUUUUCCCACCAAAUAAAAUUUCCUUCCUUUUCACUGCUAAAGUAUUUUUUUUAGACAUUGAUUUCUCUUUUUUUGGAUUUUCUUUUAAUAGUUAAUACUUAAAAUGUAGGGAGGAUUCUUAUUCUUUUUUUUCUUGUUCAACAGUAACAUUUUGCAUUUUAAAUAGAUAAAAAUUCUUGAAGUAUAACAACAAUAAAAACCUUUUUUUUUUUGUUAGAAAGUCGAAAGAGUAGAAAAAGAAAACAAAAAAAUGUACAAUGAAUUAUCCCCUUUUUCCCUACCAAUUCACCACUUUCAUUCUUUUUUUCACUACACUAAUUUUUCUUUUUUUUUUACUAAUAUGUAAUUCUCUUUGUGUUUUGAAUAUUUGUUGUUUUUUUUGUAAUUAUUUGAGACGAGAAAAAGACAUGAAGGCAGAAAAAGUGAGAUUUCUCUUGUUUUUUUUUCUCCUGUUCAUUUUUGCCAACAACUCCCUUCAAAAAUGAUCUAGAAUUGAUUUUUUUUGGGGAGUUUUGAGCAUCAUCCUCUCUACGUGCUCUCCUUGGGCAGACUGAUGGCCCAGCCAAGGACACGGCGAUCGAAGCCACAGGAGUAGAGAUUGCAACUCGUAUUUGGUUCCUCAGGUGCCCAGCAAACGGAUGACACCAUUCGCCGAUGACCCUGCAAAAGGGAACAGAAAGGAUACCAAAAGGGCACAAUCAUCAUUUGCGGGAUCAACUAGGAGAUUCGGCACGUUGCACAGCCAGCAAAAAUCUCACGGCAUUCACACGUUACAAAAAAAAAGCCACAAAAACCAGAUGGUAUCAUCAACUUUAUGCAUUUCAUUCUGUUUUUAAUCUCACAACAUUUUUUUCUCCUUUUUUUAUGUUGUUUAAUUUUUUGAUAAUUGAUUUUUUUUAAGAUGUAGGUUUCACAAUUUUUUACAUUGUAGAAUAAUAUAUAUAUCAACAAUUGUAGAUGUGUUGUAAAGAGCAAGAAGAUUAAUAUAAAAUCGAAAUAAAGGUAAUUGGUUUCAAAAA